UAAAACUUUUUUCGUGGCUCUCAUCUCACACGAAAAAAGGAGUUUGAAACUGAAGCGGCGAAAACAAGGAUGAAUCUGGUCGCUGUUCAUCGCGUUUCUUUGGAAUGCGUUUCGCGUUUCUCUUUGAUCCAUCGAGAAUCAUCAGGUCGUCGGAUUUCGAAUUGGCGCGAAAGGAAUCGGCGGUUGCAUGUGGUGGCGGCGGGUUUGAUCACCAGCGCUGACUCGUUCGAGGUAGGGCGGCUUAUCGGAAGCUACGGAUUCAUGAAUGUUACUAGUUAUUCAGGGUUGCAGUCAGGGGCUGACUUUGAAUAUACUUCUCCUGAUGAUAUUGGGCGAUUAAAAUCUCAAGAUAUUGGUGAAGGCGGCGUUAAGAUCAGACUAUAUGAAGGAAGAAUAUCUCAGGGUCCGUUUCGAGGAACACCUGUUGUCUUUAAGGUCUAUCCUGGGACGCGCGCUGGUGGAGUUGAGGCUGAUAUGAUGGCAGCAAACGAGCUUAAUGCACACUCUUUUCUCCAGGUUAGAUAA